AUGCGGACGAUCGCAUUUCUACUCGCGUUAAUCGCGGCGGAAAACGCACAAGCCGCAAGAAUUCUCGGCCUAUUCCCUCACACUGGCAAAAGCCACCAAAUGGUUUUUGAUCCGUUGCUCAAAACUUUAGCUGAGAGAGGACAUCACCUCACAGUCGUCUCUUUCUUCCCAAUCAAGGAUCCACCAGCAAACUACACCACCGUGAGCUUAGAAGGAUUAUCACCGCUGGGAUUGGAAACGGUUGAUUUGUCGUUUUAUGAAGAUGACGCCUCUGCCACAGUUCUAAGCCUUUUGGGGAUUAAACAAAUUUACCAGCAAUUUAUGGACUUUCAACCACUGUCAGAUUUAGCUUUGGACGUGUGCUCCAAACUCGUCGAUUUUCAACCCUUAGCUGAGGUACUGCAGAAGAGUUACGAUAUUAUUUUAGUGGAAACCUUCAAUAGUGACUGUAUGCUAGGGUUAGCACAUGUGUAUGGACUGAAAGCGCCUUUUGUUUCAUUAUUAACAAGCUCAAUGAUGCAUUGGUGUCCUGACCGCAUUGGGGUCACUGAUAACCCUUCCUAUGUACCUAUACUUAGUUCAGAAUUCACUUCUGAAAUGAGUUUUAUGCAAAGGCUAGAGAACACAUUUAUGAAUGUAUACUAUAAGAUAUGGUACAGAUAUGCGAUUCAGUUGAAGGAGAAGGCCAUGAUAGAAAAGCGGUUUGGGAGAAGAAUUCCGGAUUUACAGGAUCUCGGUAAAAAUGUUACUGCUAUGAUGUUGAAUACGUUUCAUAGUUUGAAUGGCGUUCGUCCCUUGUUACCUGGUGUCAUUGAAGUGGGAGGGAUGCAUUUGGACCCUAGGCCUAGGGCUAUACCCCACUAUAUUGAGCGUUUCUUGAAUGAAUCGGAACAUGGCGUCGUACUCUUUAGCUGGGGUUCUCUCAUCAAGACGGCAACGAUUCCAAAAUAUAAGGAAGACAUCAUCAUAAAUGCCCUCUCGAAGAUCAAACAGAGGGUCAUCUGGAAGUAUGAGAACAGCGAUGAGGAAGGAACACUUACAGGAAAUAUUCUGAAGGUGAAAUGGAUACCGCAAUAUGACUUAUUACAACACAAAAAGGUGAUCGCCUUCAUCGCUCACGGCGGUCUUCUUGGCAUGACAGAGGCGGUUUCAGCAGGCAAACCCAUGUUAAUUGUACCAUUCUACGGAGACCAGCCCUUGAACGCAGCGUCCGCAGACAUGAUUGGACUCGGGAAGGUCAUAUCUUAUGCUGAUUUGACUGAGAAGACAUUGUUGGAAGGAUUGCAGACUGUCCUGAGUGCUGAAAUGCGACUAAGCGCGCGCCGUGUAUCCAAAAUCUGGCACGACAGGAUAGCUGACCCCUUGGAAACGGCUGUAUAUUGGGUUGAACGGAUUAUCCGAUGGGGUGACUCAGAUCCCCUGCAUUCAAAAGCAAGGGACCUCUCUUUCAUAGAAUAUAAUUUACUCGAUGUUGUGGCUGUGAUCAGUGUUACUUUUAUACUAUUCAUUUUAAUUAUGUGGGUAGUUCUAAAUAAAAUGUUGCGGUUUAUUAGCGGCAGUUUCCAUUCUAAAGAGAAGUUACAUUAG